ACCAGGAAGGGGGGAAGGAAUAGCUUUGGGCACCUGCUGAGGGGCAGCCAAAAUUUGUUCCCUGACUCCUACAUCCGUUUGGCGGCCUGUCCCAUCAAGCCCUUGGCUGGGUCCUGCUCAGCCUUCAGGAGGCGCUGGGAAAAGCCACUCUGACCAGGAACCCCUUUUACAGGAAGCACGGGGAAGGCACAAGUCCCGAGGGACCUCUGGGCUGCUGUUUACACAGCAGCACUAACGUGAUGGGCCUCCUCCCCCUGCUUCUGGGGGUGGAAGAGAUUUUAGCCCCGAGGAGGUGUCUUGCUCCAGGACUGGGACAUGGGCCCUGUGCCACCAUUCCCUGCAGUGUAGAUGGCUCAUGGCCCCUGCCUCAUUUUCCCCCUUUGAAUGCCAUGCCUUGCUGGGCACUGUGGUGUGGGUUAAGUGACUGCGGCGGGGCAGGCGCUGGCACCUCCGGCCCUGGGCAGCGGCCACUGUGCCAGCGCACCGGGCAGCCUGUAGCUUGGUGGGAUUGGGCCUGGAGCGCCAGCACCCACGCCAGGACAGCAUUUCGGACUCCUCUGCCCAUCUGGGAUUCCUCUGCGUGGACCCCCACGGCGUGUCCCUCCUUUGUGCCCAGCUUCCGCUCAGCCCUGGGUCUCCAUCCCUGAGCAGAAGAGGGACCACCCACCUUUGAGGCCAGGUCUGUGCCUCUUUGCUCCUGGACCCGGCAGGACCGUCUGCAGCUGCUCCCCCAGGGCUUGGGAGAGCGUGGACUCCCAGGGCCAAGGGCCACCCCCUGCCAUUGAGAAGGGGGCCCUGAGCCCAGCCCCCAUGGGCAUGGACCAGCAGCCCUGAGCUGCCAGAGCCCAUGCCUGGCCCCCAGGGGGGCGGAGGAGCCCCCACCAUGAGCCUGGGCAAGCUCUCACCCGUGGGCUGGGUGUCCAGCUCCCAGGGAAAGAGGCGGCUCACGGCAGACAUGAUCAGCCCCCCGCUCGGGGACUUCCGCCACACCAUGCACGUGGGCCGCGGCGGGGACGUCUUCGGUGACACCUCCUUCCUCAGCAACCAUGGUGGCAGCUCUGGGGGCACCCACCGCUCGCCCCGCAGCUUCCUAGCCAGAAAGCUCCAGCAGGUGCGGAGGGUGGGGGUGCCACCCCGAAGGAUGGCAUCCCCUCCAGCACCCUCGCCGGCUCCCCCAGCCAUCUCCCCCAUCAUCAAGAACGCCAUCUCCCUGCCCCAGCUCAACCAGGCCACCUACGACAGCCUGGUGGUGGGCAAGCUCAGCUUCGAUGGCAGCCCCACGGGCUCCGCAGAUGGCCGCUCCAGUUACGGCCUGGACUCGGGAUUCUGCACCAUCUCGCGUCUGCCCCGCCUGGAAAAGCCCAGCAACCCAGACCCAGACCCAGACCCAGACGGCUCCUUCCCCCCUGAGCCUGAACCUGCCUUUGGGGCCUGA